AUGCCUCCAAAUCCACCAAAAUCUUCUCUCCUCCUCCAUAGAAUCAACCACACCACCACUCCAACCGUCACCAACCACCAUGAUCACCUCCCCGGCGAAAACACCCCGCUCUUUGUCAACCCUGUCACCACCAUCCCUAACACUAUAUCACACUACCACACACAUCCCAUCUCCUCCAACCAACUAUGCUCGGCGGUCGUCCAAGAAACAACCGCCUCCAUCGCCUCCGUCUGGUCCGUGGUUCGCCGCUUCGACAAACCACAAGCCUACAAAAACUUCAUCAAAAGCUGUAGUCUCAUCAACGGCGAUGGUGACGUGGGCACACUCAGGGAGGUCAAUCUUAUAUCCGGCCUCCCUGCUGCCCGCAGCACCGAACGCCUCGAGAUCCUCGACGAGGACCAACAUGUCAUCAGUUUUAGCGUUGUGGGUGGAGAUCACCGGCUUGCUAACUACCGUUCCGUUACAACACUUCAUCCCUCCGGCGAAGGUGAUAGCUCCGGCACGGUGGUUGUUGAGUCCUACGUGGUGGAUGUUCCUCCGGGAAAUACUAAAGAGGACACUGGUGUGUUUGUUGACACAAUUGUUCGGUGUAAUCUUCAGUCACUCGCACAAACCGCAGAGAAUAUUACUCAACAAAACAACAAUGAUCAUUACAAAUGUUGUUCCUAA